GUCAUGUUGCGCGCCCUGAGCCGCCUGGCCGUGCGGCCCCGGGGCCAGCCCCCAACCGUGCUGCUCCUGCCCGUGCGCGGCCGCAAGACCCGCCACGACCCGCCUGCCAAGUCCAAGGUCGGGCGCGUGAAAAUGCCGACGGCAGUAGACCCUGCGGAACUCUUCGUGUUGACCGAGCGCUACCGGCAGUACCGGGAGACCGUGCGCGCUCUCAGGCUGGAGUUCACGUUGGAGGUGCGAAAGAAGAUCCACGAGGCCCGAGCCGGGGUCCUGGCUGAGCGCAAGAUUCAGGAGGCCGCCGCGGAGCACCGGGAGCUGAUGGCCUGGAACCAGGAGGAGAACCGGCGGCUGCAGGAGCUUCGGAUAGCUAGGUUGCAGCUAGCAGCACAGGCCCAGGAGCUGCGGCAGGCUGAGGAGCAGGCCCAGAGAGCCCAGGAGGAGCAGGCUUGGGUGCAACUGAAAGAACAAGAAGUGCUCCAACUGCAGGAGGAGGCGAAGAACUUCAUCACUCCUGAGAACCUGGAGGCGCGGAUAGAAGAAGCACUGGACUCUCCGAAGAGUUAUAACUGGGCUGUCACCAAAGAAGGGCAGGUGAUCAGGAACUGAGCACAGAGGCUCUGGGGGCC